UCAAGCUUCCUUGUGACUCCACUUUCGUUUUAACUUGAGAACAUCAUGGCUUCAAAUACGACAAAGAGGGCUCGGAAACCAAAUUUUACACAACCGGAGUUGGAGAUACUUGUAGAUGAAGUGAGUAAAAAUAGAAACAUCCUUAUGGGGAAGUUCAGUGACACUGUCACAAAUGAGAAGAAAAAGAAAAUAUGGGGACACAUAACAGUUAAGAUCAACUCAUCAUCGCACUCGUCACGAGAAGUGGACGAUGUGAAAAAGAAAUGGCAGGACUGGUCCAGCAUUGUUAAAGGGAAGGCAUCUAAGUUACAAAGGGAAAGGAAGAAGACAGGGGGUGGAGAACAAACAGAACCUUCACUUUCCGCCCUAGAGGAAAAAGUCCUGUCGGUGAUUGGGGUCACUGCUGUGGAAGGGUUAGAUGUAAUGAUGCCUGACACAUUUGAAAGGUCAGUAGAUAUUGUAGAUACCACUGAUCAUUUAACGACAUGCACAGAAACUGAUUCAACUGAUACAAGUAUGUAUGGGAGUAAUGAAAUUGAAAAACUUUGGGACACAUCAAUAAAUUCGAUAAUCGAGCAACAUACAAAUACAAGUAGUGCUACAGCAACGUGCACACACACAUCGCCCCCUCCCUCAUCUACGUUUGAACCUUCUGUAUGUAAAACUUUGGGUAGGAAACGAAAAAUAGUUCCAGAUUCUCACGAGGAAGAAGCAUCAAAGAUCUAUGCUUUAGAAAGAGAAAAAUUAAGUAUUGAAAAAGAACGCUUGAAAAUAGAGCAGGAGCGACUAGCUGUAGAAAAAUCACGACAGCGGUGUGAAGAAGAAAUCCUCAAUAUUUUGCAAUGCCAUGUCACCGGUACUACAACAGGUGCUCAAUUACCACAGGAUGAGAUGAACACAUCAAUGCAUUUUACAUGUCUUUAAGUAAGUACAUACAAACUGUCGCGCACCUCCGUUUGACUAUUGUAUUUCACUUACUAGUUUUUGAAACAGUUUCAAUUCAGUAGAAUUCAAAAUAUAACUUGAUUCACAACUUAAUGUAUUACGACAUUCAGU